CACACACAGGCUGUGUUACUCACUCACACAAAACACACACAAACACAAAAAUGGAGCGAUGGAAGGUGGGAGGGAGCAGAUCGAAGGCGAAUAAAGCGGCGGCGUGCAAAAAACACCCCAAGCACCGGCAAUCGCCGGGAGUCUGCUCCAUCUGCCUGCGCGAAAAGCUCUCAAAUCUCUCCAAUUGCGCCCACAAUUCGAGAACCGCCAGAUCUCCUUCUUCUGCUUCCUCUCUCUCCUCCUACGCCUCUUCUCUCUCCUCCUCCUGCGCCUCGCCGCCGCCGGAACUCACCAUCUCCGUCGCCUUCUUCAGGAAGAGCAGAUCCAUGGCGGUGGUGGUGCCGGCCGAGAAGGAGAUUCGGAUUGUGAAGGGAGGGUUUUGGUCCAAAUUGUUGCCGCAAAAGAGUAGAGGGAAAUUGAUGCAUUCCAGAACUACAAGAGAGAUCAAAGGAUCGUUGCAUCAAUUCACUUGAGAUUUAUUUUUAAUUUUUUCUUUUCCCUAUAAUUUGUCUUUCAAAAUUGGGAAAUUUUAGUGUAGAGACAUCAAAAUUAUUUCAUUCUUUUUUUUAGCUGGAGAAGUGAUUUUGUGUUGGAUUGCUAAUUCACCUGUUCUUUAAUUAGGAGUUAUAACUCCUAAUUGUCGUUUUACCUAUUUUGUGGUUUGAUUUUUUGGUAUUUUAAAUUAAAUCAGAUUUUUGGGAA